CAGUACAUCACCCAUUCAUUACUUACAACAACAUAGACUCAAAGAAAAAAAAAAAAAGAGAUAUGAUGAUUCUAAGCCAUCGUUAUUGCUUUUAUAGUGCUAUUACCAUCUAUUUCUUCCUCUUAAUCCACACUCUUGCUUCUCCUACAGUUCACUUCUGCCGCCACGACCAGAGAGAUGCUCUUUUGGAGUUCAGAGACGAGUUUCCGACAAUUAAUAAUACAUGGAGAAGUUUAUGGAAUAAGAGCAGUGAUUGCUGUUUCUGGGAAGGUGUCAGUUGCGAUGAUAAAUCAGGCCAGGUGAUAUCACUCGACCUUUACACCUCUCUCAACAGCUCUUUGAAAACCAAUAGUAGCCUCUUUAGACUCCAAUAUCUUCGUCACCUCAACCUUAGUAACUGCUUUUUACAAGGAGAGGUUCCUCCUUCACUAGGUAAUCUUUCUCGUCUCACACUAGUUGACCUUUUUUGGAAUAAAUUGGUUGGUAAGAUUCCAGCUUCAAUAGACAAUCUAAACAAUCUAAGAAACCUUAGUCUUGCGUAUAACAAUCUCGUAGGGGAGAUUCCUUCUUCUUUAGGAAACCUUUCUUUUCUCAUAAGUCUUGAACUUUCAAAUAAUGGUUUGGUAGGUGAAGUUCCAACUUCCAUCGGAAACCUGAACGAGUUAAGAGUCAUGUCACUUGACUUAAACAGUUUAAGUGGCAAAAUUCCUAUUUCCUUUGCCAAUUUAACAAAGCUUUCCUAUUUAAACCUAGCUUAUAAUAACUUCUCAUCCACGCUUCCAUCGGACAUGAGUGAAUUCCACAAUUUGAGGUACUUUGAUGUUGGUUCAAAUUCCUUUCACGGGCCUUUUCCUAAAUCUUUGUUCUCGAUUCCUUUGUUACGAUCAGUUAUUUUAAAAGACAACCAAUUCACGGGACCUAUAGAGUUUGUGAAUAUAUCUUCACCAUCUAAGCUUUGGGCUCUAAACCUUGAUAGUAACCAAUUCGAUGGUCCAAUCCCUGAAUCUAUAUCUAAGUUUCUCAACCUCGCACUGUUACAUCUAAGCAACAACAAUUUCACUGGGCCAAUCCCUAAGUCUCUGUCAAAGUUAGUCAACCUCGAUUUUUUUCGUCUUUCCAACAACAAGUUGGAAGGUGAAGUACCAAGUUGGGUAUGGAAACUAACGGCAGUGACGCUUUCUCACAAUUCUUUCAACAGUUUGGAAGACUCUUCACAAGAAACAUCAAUCAAAGGGUUUUAUUUGAGUUGGAACUCGUUUCGUGGACCGUUCCCUCUUUGGAUAUGCAAGCUUAAAUGGUUACGUCUCUUAGAUUUGUCCAACAAUCUCUUCAGCGGCUCGGUUCCUCCAUGUUUAAGGAAUCUCACUGUUUCUCUUACCGAGCUAAGUCUACGGAACAACAACUUCAGUGGGACUCUUCCAGAUGUAUUUGCCAAUGCUACCAAGUUACAAUCAUUAGACGUUAGUCAAAACCAGCUGGAGGGAAAUUUUCUAAAGUCUUUAAUCAAUUGCAAAGCUCUACAGUUUGUGAAUGUGGAAAGCAACAAACUCAAGGAUAAGUUUCCAUCAUGGUUGGGAUCUCUACCAUCACUAAAUGUUCUCAUCUUCAGGUCAAACAGGUUCUAUGGGCCGUUGUAUCACGACCACAUGUCCAUUGGGUUUCAGAGUUUAAGGGUCAUCGAUGUAUCUCAUAAUGACUUGGCUGGGACUCUCCCACCUUACUAUUUUUCCAACUGGCGUGAAAUGACCACACUUACCGAAGGAAAUGGGCAGUACAUGGCAAGUCUUCCGGCUUAUUCUCUAAUCUACCAGUCGGUGGAAAUAGUGAAUAAAGGAGUAGAAACGAGCUUUGAGCGGAUCCGACAAGACUUCAGAGCCAUUGAUUUUUCUGGAAAUAAAAUUUAUGGUAAAAUCCCUCAAUCUGUCAGCGUUUUGAAAGAGUUGCGUCUUCUCAACUUGUCAGGAAACGCAUUCACAAGUGAUAUCCCACGAACCUUGGCAAAUUUGACUAGUCUCGAGGCAUUGGACGUAUCACGUAACAAGUUGUCAGGUCAAAUCCCUCAAGAUCUUAGUAAACUCUCUUUUCUGUCAUACAUGAACUUCUCUCAUAACUUUCUUCAAGGUCCAGUGCCACGAGGCACACAGUUUCAAAGGCAGAAAUGUUCCUCGUUCUUGGACAACCCAAAACUCUACGGUCUUGAAGAAAUUUGUGGAGAAGGCCUUGUCCCAAAUCCUAAAUCACAACAGCAACCCAAGGAGUUGUCAGAGAAGGAGGAAAAAACGUUCAACUGGGUAGCAGCUGCAAUAGCCUAUGGACCUGGUGUGUUUUGUGGAUUGGUGAUCGGACAUAUCUUCACGUCACACUAUCAUGAGUGGUUCACAGAAAAGUUUGGUCGAGGAAAAAAAACUUAUGUCAUCACACGUGUUCGUUAAACCUCAUCUCUUUAAGUCUCGCGCGCUAAACUAAGCAUUGUGUUACGUCUUGUUUCCAGGUGUCUCCUCGUUUGUGUUGUAAUUUUUAAUUUUAUGGUUUUGUAAUAAACGUACUGUAGACUGUAGUUGGUGGUAUUUAAUACAUCUUGGUUUUAAAAUGUAUACUUGUGUUUUGGAAUUCUCACUAUUGUGCUGUAAACUAGUAUUAUUAAACGAGUUUACGAUCAGAAGUAACUCAA